AUGGCCACUGUCAUUCCUGGUGAUUUGUCAGAAGUAAGAGAUACCCAGAAAGUCCCUUCAGGGAAACGUAAGCGUGGUGAAACCAAACCAAGAAAAAACUUUCCUUGCCAACUGUGUGACAAGGCCUUUAACAGUGUUGAGAAAUUAAAGGUUCACUCAUACUCUCACACAGGAGAGAGGCCCUACAAGUGCACACAACAAGACUGCACCAAGGCCUUUGUUUCUAAGUACAAAUUACUAAGGCAUAUGGCUACUCAUUCUCCUGAGAAAACCCACAAGUGUAAUUAUUGUGAGAAAAUGUUUCACCGAAAAGAUCACCUAAAGAAUCACCUACAUACACACAAUCCCAACAAAGAGGCCUUUAAGUGUGAAGAAUGUGGAAAGAACUACAAUACCAAGCUUGGGUUCAAACGUCACCUGGCUUUGCAUGCUGCAACAAGCGGUGACCUCACCUGUAAGGUAUGUUUGCAGACUUUUGAAAGCACAGGAGUGCUGCUGGAGCACCUAAAAACUCACGCAGGCAAGUCAUCGGGUGGAGUGAAGGAGAAAAAGCACCAGUGUGAACACUGUGAUCGUCGGUUCUACACCCGAAAGGAUGUCCGUAGACACAUGGUAGUGCACACUGGAAGAAAGGACUUCCUCUGUCAGUACUGUGCACAGAGAUUUGGGCGGAAGGAUCACCUCACACGCCACAUGAAGAAAAGUCACAACCAGGAACUUUUGAAGGUCAAAACAGAGCCAAUGGACCUUCUAGAUCCCUUUACCUGCAAUGUUUCUGUGCCUAUUAAGGAUGAGCUGCUUCCAGUGAUGUCUUUACCUUCCAGUGAACUGACAUCAAAGCCAUUUACAAACACUUUGCAAUUAAAUCUCUACAACACUCAGAUUCAGUCCAUGCAGAGUUCUGCAUCUGCACACCAAAUGGUUGCCACAUCAUUACCAUUGGGAAUGCCUUGUCCAAUAGAUAUGGAGUCUGUCCACCCUUCUCACCAGCUAUCGUUGAAAUAUCCGCUCGGUACUACCUCAUACGCAAUUUCUAUGCCUGAAAAAGAACAGCCAUUGAAAGGGGAAAUCGAAAGUUACUUAAUGGAGUUGCAAAGUGGUAUGCCUUCUUCGUCCCAGGAUUCUCAAGCAUCUUCAUCAAAACUAGGGCUGGAUCCACAAGUAGGGCCACUAGAUGAUGGGUCUGGGGAGGUUUCCCUUUCCAAGGGCUCCGUUCCUAUUAGCGAACCUCUAAACACCCCAUCAUUGGACUUUUCUCAGCUGUUCAACUUCAUACCUGUAAAUGGCCCUCCCUAUAAUCCUUCUGUUUCAGUGGGAAACCUCGGAAUGAGUUAUACUCAAGAGGAGGCGCAUUCUUCUAUGACUCAACUUCCACCACAAACCCAGGAUCCACAAGAUCCUAGCAAUAGUAUAGGUCUUGGGUCUCUGCACUCGUUGUCAGCAGCUUUCACGAGCAGUCUAAGCACAACCACCACCCUACCACGAUUUCAUCAAGCUUUUCAAUAG